UUCCGCCCUUUCGAAACCCUAGUCGUUUGGUUGGAGGCAUCUGCCAGAGAUCCAGACGACCAGGAGGUCACGGUCUAGCAAACCCAAGCGACAUUUUGGCAGUAUAGUCGUAGUUCAAGCUUGUAUUUUACUCGUUACCUGAUAUCACACGCAUGGCCACAAACAUGGCCGUUGUUGAGGAGCCGUUGUAUCCAAUCGCCAUUCUGAUAGACGAGCUAAAGAACGACGAUAUUCAGCUUCGACUGAACUCAAUCAGGCGCCUUAGCACCAUCGCACGAGCGCUUGGCGAGGACCGGACAAGGAAGGAGCUGAUUCCCUUUUUGAAUGAGAACAAUGACGAUGACGAUGAAGUGCUACUUGCUAUGGCAGAGGAGCUUGGUUCGUUCAUUCCGUACGUCGGUGGUGUCGAUUACGCUCCCGUGCUGCUUCCUCCGCUAGAGACGUUGUGUACGGUGGAAGAGACUGUUGUCCGGGAUAAGGCCGUUGAGUCGUUGUGCAAGAUUGGACAGCAGAUGAAGCCCCGGGACGUUGUCGAGUUCUUCGUUCCUCUUGUCCAGAGGCUUGGAGCAGGGGAAUGGUUUACAGCUCGAGUGUCAGCUUGUGGGCUUUUCCAUAUUGCUUAUCCCAGCGCGACCGAGCAGCAGAGAGCGGAUCUCCGAACUCUUUAUGGCCAGCUUAGUCAUGACGACAUGCCGAUGGUCCGUCGCUCGUCGGCUCUGAACAUGGGCAAGUUUGCCGCCACAGUGGAGCCGCAGUACCUGAAGCUUGACAUUCUUGAGUUUUUCAGAGAUCUUACAAAUGACGACCAGGACUCCGUAAGGCUUUUGGCUGUCGAAGGAUGUGCUGCUGUUGGAAAGCUCCUGGAGAAGAAGGAUUGCAUCUCUAGCAUCCUUCCUGUGAUUCUGUCGUUUGCCCAGGAUAAGUCGUGGCGGGUGCGAUACAUGGUGGCGAACCAGCUUCACGAGCUUUGUGAAGCCGUUGGCCCCGAAGUAGCAAGGGCGGAGCUUGUCCCUGCGUAUGUGAAGCUACUGAGGGACAAUGAGGCAGAGGUUCGCAUUGCUGCCGCUGGCAAAGUAACAAAAAUUUGUGCCAUUGUCAAGAAUGCCGAUGCUUUCAAUGCCAUUCUACCAUGUGUGAAGGAUCUUUCAACAGAUACUUCUCAACAUGUGCGGUCUGCAUUGGCCUCCGUCAUCAUGGGAAUGGCUCCACUUCUUGGCAAGGAACUCACUAUUGAAACGCUGCUACCAAUUUUCCUGGCUCUGCUGAAAGAUGAGUUCCCUGAUGUCCGGCUCAACAUUAUCAGCAAGCUGGAUCAAGUCAAUCAAGUCAUUGGAAUGGACCUCUUGUCACAGUCCCUUCUUCCAGCCAUUGUGGAAUUGUCAGAGGACAGACACUGGCGAGUGCGGCUUGCCAUCAUUGAGUACAUCCCUCUUUUGGCUGGCCAACUUGGAAUGGAGUUCUUUGAUGAGAAGUUGAAGUCAUUGUGCAUGCAAUGGCUUGAAGACCAGGUGUACUCAAUACGUGAAGCAGCUGCCACGAACCUGAAACGUUUAGCAGAAGAGUUUGGUGCGGAAUGGGCCCAAUCACAAAUUCUUCCGAUGAUCAUGGAUAAGGUGAACAACCCUCACUACCUGUAUCGGAUGACAGUUCUGCUCUCCCUCUCCAUGUUGGCCCCGGUGCUUGGUGCUGAGGCAACUUGUAAUACAAUGCUUCCUGUUAUCCUGAAUGCUGCCAAGGAUCGCGUGCCAAACAUCCGUUUCAAUGUUGCCAAGAUGCUUCAGUCAUUCAUCCCAAUAGUCGAGCCAUCGGUUGUGGAGCAAACCAUUCGACCAUGCCUGCUGGAGCUGAACGAGGAUCCUGAUCCAGAUGUCCGCUACUUUGCUAAUCAAGCACUUCAGGCGUGUGAUAAAGUUAUGGUUGGUUGACUUUAGUCAGGUGCAACGGUUCUAGUAACACGAGGCAGUACUGAGAUGUAAGCGAGCAAGUGCACCUCGUGCCUUUGUAUGCGGAAUCGGCUCAAACGUAUUAGUCCUAACCUAUGCUGUUGUACUAAUCAAUGUUUACAGAACUUGUGGCGAGUCGUUGUGCCUCUGUAUCAAAGAUUUGGCCAGGCGUACGUUGAUUGGUCUAACUG